AUGAAUUUAGUCGUUGCGUUCGCUGUUCUGGCUUACGUCCAGAUGCAGCGAAUUAUAGCGGUAGCAACAACGACAGAUCAAAAUCAGGUGAACAAUGAGACGACCACCAAUAGGAUCAUUAUCGUUGAUGAACCGGAUUACUACGAUAUAUUUCCUACUGCUUCACGGCGUUUCAAGGUACUAAUGGGUUUGUUGGAUGGAGAUGGAUUCAGAUAUGAACUGCUUGAAUUCGUGACAAAGAAUAUGAAGGAUAUUAUUCAGUCACGUUUCGAUGCGUGGGUAGCUGAGCUGAAGGCGGCAGAGAAACAGGAAGAUGCGGGUUUGAAUGGUACUAAAGUUAUAACAGGCAGAAUCCCACCGCCAGCUGUGCUUAAAAACCAUCUAGGGCGGAAAGAUGAGCUAUUAAGUCUAAUUGAUAACAAAAUCGAUGAAUUCCAUACCGCGUUAGAGGAAGCUGGGAGAACUAUACAUAUAAUAUUUGAAAACAUAUUCAAGGAUUACACCAGAAACCUACCAAAAAAACAAGCAAAUAUGGCAUCCAGGGUUCAACGGAAGACUGGUGACCUGUCAAGACGUGAUCCUGAGCCUGUUGUCCCGGUUAAAUUACCUGCCCCGGAUUAUGUGGUGCAGGAAAUCAGAAAUGAAAAUGAUUACAUAAAAUUGCGAUUCGUAAUGCCACCUUUCUCAGAAGAUCUCCUAAGUCUUUAUAAGUCUAUUCAGGGCCUAAAUCGUGAUAUGAUGCAAGACAAUUCCGCCCUAAACGAGGUAAUCGCUACGUGGGUAAAAGAACACGUGGGUGAUAUGGAAAUAAAGCAGCAAAUUAAUUGCUUUAAAGUCAAAGAAGGGUUGGAAGCGCUGUACGGCACGGACAAGAUGCUUUACAUUGUCACCUCCUUCAGAGAGCACAACCUAGUGGACGAGAAUGUCACUGAAUCCGCUGAGAAGUGCAAGAAGAUUAGCUCUGCGUGCUUGUGCACGAUUGGCCCACUGUUGGCCGCUGUUAUCGCCUUCACCAUGUGGUAA